GAAUGCAUCUACUACGGAUGUGAAGAGUUGGGUCGAGGAAGCGUGCUUACCGAGUCGGAGGAAUAACCCGAGAGGCACGAAAGCCGGCGGAAAUGGAGAUCCCGGUGAUCAACCUUGGAGAGCUGGAGGGAGAGAAGAGAAGCAAAACCAUGUCGCUCCUCCAUGAUGCGUGCCAGAAGUGGGGGUUCUUCUGGCUCGAGAACCAUGGGAUUGAGGAUGGAGUGAUGGAGGAGGUGAAGCAGCUGGUGAAGCAGCACUACGAGGAGAGCAUGAGGGAGAGCUUCUACGAGUCGGAGCUGGCACAGGGACUGCGACGUGGAACUAAAGCCUCGGAUGUGGACUGGGAGACCAGCUUCUUCUACCGCCAUCGCCCGGAUCCCAACAUCAAUGAUCUCCCCGAACUGGUUCGUGACGCUAUGAAGCAAUACGUCGAACAGGUGGUGAAGCUGGCCGAGAAGCUCGCGGAGCUUCUGAGCGAGAAUCUCGGGCUGGCGAAUACCUACCUGAAGAACGCAUUCGCCGAGCCUUUCGUGGGGACGAAGGUGGCAAUGUACCCCAAAUGCUCCAACCCGGAGCUCGUCAUGGGGCUCCGCGGCCACACCGACGCCGGUGGGAUCAUCCUGCUGCUGCAGGACGACACGGUCCCCGGCCUGGAGUUCCUCAAGGACGGCGAGUGGGUGGCGGUGCCGCCGGCGCAGGGUCACCGCAUCUUCGUGAACCUCGGCGAUCAGGUCGAGGUCGUGAGCAAUGGCGUCUACAAGAGCAUCAGGCACCGGGUGCUCGCUGACGGGACCGGAAGCCGGCUGUCGAUCGCCACGUUCUACAACCCGGGGGCCGACGCCAUCAUUUCCCCGGCGGCCGAGCUGGUGUACCCGAGUCGCUACCGCUUCCAAGACUACCUGGAUUACUACACCAAGACCAAGUUCUCAGACAAAGCGUCGAGGUUUCAGAACAUGAAGCAGACGCUCGUGUGAGCCACUCAUGCCUGUAGUAGCUGACGGAAGAGGAAUUUGUACUGGUCAAUCCACGCUUGUGCUUCAAUCCAAAUAAACAUCGAUCGCCAUCUCUUCUUUA